AUGCACCGUUUCUUUCGCCGCAAGCCGGCAGCCGGGGCUCCUCCUUCAGCGGCGGACUCCAAGGACGUGGGCACCGAGGAGGUUCUGGAGGCCGAAACCCGGGAGGCCGAGGCCGCCGAGAAGAGGGCGGCUGAGGAAGCCAAGGAGGCCAAGGAUGCUGCUCGCAGACUGGAGGAUGCUGUCAGCCGGGCAGAGGAGCGGUUGCGUGCGACCGGCCCUGCCUCGGCCGUCCGCGGCGAGGAGCUGAAAGGAGAGCUAAGGGACCUGGAGACAGAAGCGGAGGCGCUGCGGGCGCAGGACAAAACGUCCGCGCUGCGGCUCUCCGCGCUGCGCCAGGCGAUGCCGGCAGAAGACCUGCCGCGUCUCCGAGGGCAGGAGGAGGCGGUGCGCGCCGAGACGCAAGAGGCCGCAAGUCUCCUUGCCGAGCUUCGAGCUCAGGAGUCGGCUACUUCGUUGCGAGUGGCUGCAUUGCGCACAUCCGUGGAUGAGCUUCGUGCUUGCCAGGAGUCUGCGGCCUCCGAGGCCUCAGAGUUGGAGGCCGCUCUGCGUGCCGAGGUCGAGGUUCACAGUGACGGCGACGAGGUCGAGGAGUUGAGCCUUUCGGAGGCGGAAGGCGACCCCAGCAUGAACGCGAGCGCCCUGCAAGAGGCCUGGCAGUUGGAGGACGAGCUUCGAGAGGCCAAGGAAGAGCUAAGGCAGCUGCGCCUACGCUGCGAUCAUGGCUUGGUCGAGCGGAAGCCAAUGCAAUCAUACUGGACCUCGCCGGCUGCCACCCGCCCACCUGAAAUCCAUGGGCCUACUCGGGAGCCAUUCAACCUGAACCCGCCAUCGAUGGCGAAGAAGCACCAUGACUCAUUGCUGCAGGCGGCACAAAGUUUGGUCUCUUCCACGCACGCCCCGGACUGCACAGCCCUUUCCGAACGUCUGGUUGCGGAAAACUGCCGCCUGGAGUCUGAGAUGCACGAGCUCCAGCAGUUUCUCGAGGCCCAGCCGCUGAACUCCGGUGGAAACUGGGACCCGCGGCAGCCGCUGGCUGGUGCCGUGCACGAGUCACACAGCAAGCUGCGGAGCUCCAUGCAGCAGCAGCUGCAAAGCUCACAGGAGGCUCUGCAACACCUGCGCCAGGGCAUUGCCGAGGCCGAAGCUCAGCUCCAAGCAGAGCGAAGGAAGCGCCGCGCCUGUGCACGGGAGCUGCAAAAGGUCAUGCUUGAGCUAUUCAAGCUCCUCUUGGGCAAGGGCACAGAGGGCUUCCGCACCCGGCAGGUUGGUCUCGCCGUCAACACCUACACCUCUUUUGAAGCCCAGGAGCCAAAGACGUUUGCUUCGGGCGUGGAGAAGAAGGUGCCGCGGGCAGGGUACUCAGCUCCGACGCCUACCUCUACCGGAUUCGGUUUAAGGUUGAGGGGGUUUACAUUCGUAAGCCUUUUGGCGUAG